AUGGACUGGCAGCGUUCUUUAGCUGGCAUUGAGCUAUGGCUGCUGCUCCUAUGUUUGCCAAUGCCAUUUACACUGAUCCAAGCCUGGAGCCUGCCUGCUCACCCUGUAGCACCUUCAGCUGCAGCUCCAGUUCCAGCUGCCAUCCCCGUUGCCCGGGCAGCGACAACGACACCUGCUGGCCGACAACUAAAUGCCUUUACGCCUUAUUUGGACCUAGCUUUAUGUCCGAUUCGACCCGAGCCCUGGUCGUGUGCUCGUCAAAGAUCGGCCAGAAUUCUGGAUGCUUGGGAUGAUGAAUUGCAGUUGCAGUGGCAAAAGCUGAAAGUGGAAGCGGACCGGCAGCUGAAUGCGACGAUUGAGAGACGCGGCUACAGCGCCUCGGAGCUGCCCAUCAAAGAGAAGCCAUCGACAUUGUUAAAGAAAAUCGAAAUCGGCACGAAAUACAUGAAGGAAUAUCUAGCAGAGACGAUGGACGGUUUUCUUGGUCGCGAAUACGAGUAUUUGCAAGCGCCAAAAUCAAAAGCGGAUGAUAGUGAAAACGUGGAAUAUGACGAUGACGACGACGAAGAGGCGGAAACAGAGGGAGAUGCCGAGGCUGACGGUGAGGGUGAUGCAGAUGCAGAUGCUGAUGCUGACGGCGAUGCAGAUGGAGAUGCUGAGGCAGAGGAGGAAUCCGCAGUCGAUAAUAGUAUCGAGGAUGAGGCAGAGGGGGAUGCAGCGUCUAACAGCGUCGAUCACGACGACGAAGAGGAGGAUGAGGAGGAGGAAGACGAAGCAGACGAAGAACCUGAAGCGGAAAAUGAAAGUGCACAAAUUGUGCCACAGCCGACGAAUGAUGUGAAGAGCUCAGUGUUUAGCGAUGGUGGUGCAUCGAGCGGUGUGGAGUUCAUAGAGCUCGAAGAUGGUGCAGACAAUGCGGCGGGCUCUGCGAAGAAGCCAGGCAAAGGCGGCAAACGCAAGAAGAACAAGAACAAGCGCAGGAAGAAGAAGAAGAAGGGUGGCCAGUCAGAGCAUCAGCCAGCCACCCUGGUGGUGGUGCAGGCAGCGCCAGAGCACCACGAAGUUGACGCCGGACACGAGAGUGGACCAGCAGUUGUCAGCCACGGCGGCGGCCAUGGAGGCGGCCAUGGAGGUGGCCAUGGAGGCGGUCAUGGGGGUGGCCAUGGAGGCGGCGGUGGCCGGCCCUUCAAGCGCAAGACCAAGCGUGGCAAGCGCAAGCGUAAGGGCCAACACUCGACGGCAGUGGUGGAGCACGAGUCCAGCGAUACACUGGGCCUGGAGUUGUUGGAUGACCUGCUCGAUGUGGACGCGGACGCCUUGCUAGCUGGAGGAAAGCGCAAGCAUAAGAACCCGUUUAAUUAUGGUAGAAGUAACGGAGUUACGCGCGGCAAGAAGAAGAAGAAGAAGAAGGCAGCCGCUAAACUCCUACUGAUCGGCUCACUACUGAAGGCCAAAAUCGAAUUGCUGCUCAAAAUUUUGGGCGCCCAUUUGCAGAUUAAGUUCUUUGCCAUAGCCCUGAUCGGAUUGCUGAUAAAUAUUGCCCGAUUCUGGAUCGAUGUCAAGCGGGGCGGUGCACCGUCCAAGGUUGUCUAUGUCGAACAUGCUCAUCAUCAGCACCACUAUGAGGACCAUGGCGAGGAUUGGGGCGAACAGGGUAGCUACUGGAAGCGUUCGCUACAAACGGAGCCAUCCAUCGAAGAUCUCGACUCGUCCACGGAUAGCUACCAAAAUCGACCGCUCUUGCAGCAGUCGCAGCCGGAGGAUGCACACCAUCUGGCCUAUCGCAAUCAAUAUCAGUGGCAAUAAUAGCUAUAUAAACAUACUUUUAUUUGACUUACUGAUUAUUAAAUAAUCCCUUGAGUCCU